AUGAAGGUCCACAUUGUGACUUUAAGUGGGAGAUUUGUAAAUACUAAAGUCAAAUGUGGAAAUGGGCAGAACCUUUUUCUGAUGAGGUUAGGAGCAGGAGCAAGAACACUUGGUCUGAAGAGCAAGAUGUUCAUCUCUGAAGAGCAAGGUUGCCUUGAAGGGGAGCGGAUUUCUCUUCUCCAAUUUAAGAAAAGUCUGGUUGAUAGAUCAAAUCGUCUCUCCUCAUGGACCGGUCUUGAUUGUUGCAAAUGGAAGGGAGUGUCUUGUAGCUCAACAACUGGCCAUGUCCUAAAGCUUGAUUUACAGAACCUGCAAGCAACAUAUGAUGAUAUUGGGAGAUACUGGGACAAUUCAUACUAUUGCAACAAUUGCUUGGAAGGUGAGAUAAAUCAAUCUCUUAUCAACUUAACACAUUUGGAUUAUCUUGAUCUAAGUUUGAACAAUUUUUCUGCAAUCAAAAUUCCUGAAUUCUUGGGAUCCUUCAAAAACUUGAAGUAUCUUAACCUCUCGAGUUCGGGUUUUGUGGGAAGCAUUCCAACUCAUCUUGGAAAUCUUUCAAGUUUAGAGCAUCUCGACAUAGGAAUACAUGAAGUGGAUGGACCUAAUUUUAAUAAUUUGGCUACAAAUAACCUGGAUUGGUUGUUUGGUCUUUCUUCUCUAAGAACUCUUGACAUGUCUGGGAUUUCCAUUGGGCAUAGUGAAAAUUGGCUAAACCCAAUCAACAAGCUCGUGUCUUUAGCUUCUUUAAACUUGGCUUUUUGCAAUCUUGGCACAACCAAUCCUCUUUCACAUGUUAACUCCACUACUGCUCUUGUUUGGCUUAAUCUGUAUGAGAAUUAUUUGGAUUCUACAAUCCUUUUUUGGUUAUCUAAUCUCACCAGCCUAGAGUAUCUCAGUCUAGGUUGA